AUGGAUCACAUACCGUUCUGUGUGGCGUACGCGGCAGCCUGCAGCUUCUCCGGGUGCGCCAUCGUCGUUCUCGCCUGUCUAAACAUGCAGGAUGUACUGUCCGUCCUGCAAGUGUGCGCCGACAUGGCGGCUCAGGGCAACGGUCUGCGGACGAGCUCUAUGUAUGUCAAGGGAUUCCCAUGCCUCGAAGGUGUACCAACGACUGUUGACGCGCAGGUUCUCACGUCGUACUAUUAUAUCCCGACGUGCCCUCUGUGCGGCGACAGGCUGGAGUGCACCGUCUCCGGCUAUGACUCCCAGACAUCUAUGUGCGCGUGUGCACGGAGUAGCAGUGCAAGCCAGUGCACCUGCUUCCUGGGCUCCUCAUGCCACUUGUGCCGACGCUUUGCCGACUCGCUUGAGCACGUUCAACAACAGCAGCGUCAGCAGCAGCUGGCUGCGUCCGCUGCCAUCAAGUGCGAGGCCUGCGCGAAAGCCGGGGACCCAUGGAUAUGUCUUAUCUGCGGCUACGUCGGCUGCAGUCGCUACCAGGCAAUGCAUGCCAAGGAUCACUGUGUAGCCCAGCAGCACUUCUUCUCCAUGAAUCUCCUGACGCAGCAGAUUUGGGACUACGACGGGGACUCCUUUGUUCACCGCGUCGUCAUCCUGCUGGAUUCCGACACGGGCACCUCCACCUGGAUGCAGUUUCCAGGGCGAAACGAGCCAAUUCUUCACGACACAGCCACCAGUGAGAGCGCCGCGGUGGGGACUGCCGUUAGUGACACGCCCGAAACGUGGAAAGCGGAGAAAAAGAGCAUUUCCGCCAAGUACGAUAAGAAGCUCACCUCAUCGCAUGCACAGUAUGCAAUGGUGAUCAAGAGUGAGCUGGAUGCGAAGCGUGCCCUUUACGAGUCUCAGCUAGCCCAAGAAGCAGGUGAUGGCGAUGUCGAUGAAGACGACUUGGAAAAAACAGAGCUUGGCAAUGGUGCCGCCAGCGCCUCUGCAGAGGAUGUUGAGCGCGGCGAGUACAUGGAGCUGACAAACGCGUUUGAGCCGCUGAACUCGGUACUGAUGGACGUCGGUGAAAAGCGCCGCAAGAUGACGGCGCUGCUGUACGCCGUGAAAAAUCUGGAGCACGAACAAAACACACGUGAUGAGGAAACAAGACGCCUCGAGCAGCAGCUGGAGAGUUGCAAGAAGGCGCUGCGGAGUGUCAUCCAGCAAAACGUAGCGAUGGAUCUGCGACUGAGCAGCAGCAUACGUGAGCUGAAAGAGACCUUGCAGGACAUUGCGCUGAACUCCGACACGCAGCGCCGCCUCGCCGCACAACUCGGAGACCAGGGCGUCGCUCGGGUGGCCCUGUGCGGUGGCAGCGGCAGCACCGUGAAUGCACAGUCUAGUGCUGCACCCGUCGGGCGAGGGCUUAGUGAAAAAAUCUCGUCCAACAACACCAAGACGUGA